UUGCCGAUGGUCAACCUCAAGUUGAUCUCCUUGUGCUUCAUCUGGUACCUCACGUCCGUCGUGUCGUCGUCCACAACCAAGGAGAUCUUGAAAGACUUCAAAUACCCUGUCACGCUCACGGAAAUCCAGUUCGUCAUGAGCGGCAUCUUCUGCAUGGUCCUGCUCAUCUCCGUCAAGUACGCCAAACACAUGCUCAACGUCAAUUGCUUCAAGAACUUCCCCGACGGAACGUUCCCUCCGCUCCUGACAGACACACACUACUCCGUCCGGAAAAACUUCCUCUAUCCAUCCUCCUUGAUCUUGAAAACAACCGUCCCGAUGGGCAUGUUCCAGUUCAUCGGCCAGAUCGCCUCCCACAACUCCACCUCCAUCAUACCCGUCUCCCUGGUCCACACCAUCAAGGCCCUCUCCCCUCUGACAACAGUCCUCAUCUACAGAGUCGUCUUCAAGAAAAAGUUCUCUUUGAAAACCUACCUCACUUUGAUACCCUUGGUCACCGGUGUCAUGCUCUGCUGCACUAGAAACGACAACUUGAACAUCUCGGACUCCCUCUUCUUCAAGGGCAGUGCCUUUGCCUUUAUCUCCAUGCUCAUCUUUGUCUCCCAGAACAUUUUCGCCAAGAAGAUCCUCACCUGGGACGAUGGCUCCUCCACAAAGGAAACCUUGAAGCCAGACCCCCACCAAAGCACCAACUCCGACGAUGAGGACGACGAGGACGUUGAGCGUAGAGCAAAGGACUUCUUGAACAGAUUCAAUUGGAGAAUAACGCGUGCCGAAUCGGCCACUUCAACCCCAAUCUUGCCAAUCUCCAUGUCUCCUCCAAAGACUCCUAAAUCCAUUUUCAACAUGUUUGGAGGCUCAUCGGCCCCUCCUUCCCCAACGUCGCUCCCUGAACUCUCGGGUUUUAACGUCAAGGGUAACUACAACCUCUCCAACAGCAGCAGCCAGAAACUUGACAAAAUCUCCGUCUUGUUCUAUUGCUCCGUCGUCGGGUUUGUCUUGACGUUACCUUUCUAUUUGCUAUCCGAGUACAGAAACAUGAACAACAAAUUGCAGUUUUCCUUGUCCGACCUCAACCCAGAACUCACCUAUUUGAUCCUCAUGUACGGAUUAUCGCACUUUGUCCAAUCUUUGAUGGCGUUCCAGAUCUUGGGCAUGGUGUCGCCUGUCAAUUACUCCAUUGCCAACAUUCUAAAGAGAAUAAUCAUUAUUUCGUGCAGCAUUCUCAUUGAGGGAAUCACCUUGAGUAUGCAACAAUGGGUCGGUUUGACAUUGACCUUUGUUGGCCUGUACUGCUACGACAAAUGGGGU